AUGUAUGAGAUCAGCACCACCACAGGGUCGCUCAUCUUCACGUGCACCACUCUCAGCAUCAGUGCUAUGUGCACAUGUAUAGGCGCGGUGCUGAUCCCAGGAGUGAGUUUGAUCAGGCACUACUUCCACAGACGGGUGUCUCUGGCUAACACUAUGGCCAAUGUAGGAACCAGUGUGGCCAUCAUAGCUGUACCGCCGAUCAUCACCAUACUCAAUCACGAGUACGGAAUUCGGGGAGCCUUCCUUAUCUCUGCGGCGAUGGAGUUACACAUGAUGGUGGCUGGCAUGUUGAUGAGGCCUGUGAAUGCCUACAAGCAGCUAUUCAGUUUCUACAACUGUGUAAAGAUGUACAGUUUCUACAACUGUGUAAAGAUGUACAGUUUCUACAACUGUGUAAAGAUGUACAGUUUCUACAACUGUGUAAAGAUAUACAGUUUCUACAACUGUUCAGGUAUCCUGGCCCAAUUCCUCCGUUUCUUCACAACUUUCGAGACUCUCCUCCUCAUGGUCAUUAUCAUGGGCAUGCUGAUCGGCGUGCGCCUGUGCAUGAUGCCUCUCCUGGCCCAGGAGAUAGUGGGGCGGGAGAAGAUGCCCCAGGCCUUCAGCAUCAUCGCAACAACAGGGACUUUGUGCGGAGCCAUAGCGAACCCCAUCUUCGGAGCGGUGGUGGACGCGACUGGCGACUUUGUGGUCGUCCUUCACAUCUGUGGAGUCAUGUACAUCCUCGGGGCUGCCCUCAUGCUCACUAUGCCGCUCUGUGCCCGGCUGGACAAGAAGAACAAACAUUGA